AUGGAUGCCCAGACUUCGUUUUUGGACUUACCGCGUGAGGUCCGGGACAUGGUCUAUGACUACGCUUUCGAAGAUGUCAACUUCAGCAACGCCUUUACAACUCAAACCGCAUAUUCCCCCAACAUCCUCCCCUUGCUCUACGUCCAUAAAAUCAUAUCAGAGGAUCUCCAGCCUCGUCUUUACCAAAAUCAUGCUAUUGUUAUUCCACUUCAAGAGCCUAGCACUUACGCAGUUGGAGAAUGGAGUAUAGUUCCCAGGAUUGCGUGCUCCAAGAUCAUGAAGCAACGCUCCAACACCCUCAUCAUUGAAAUGUCUCAGACAACUAUCCCCUACUAUCCCGACUCAGAUCUGGAAGAGGAUGAGGACGAAGAUCCCGUUGAGGAAGAAGUAUUUUGGGACUCUGACAGUCGAGGUGCAAAGGCACUACCCCAGAAGCUCAUCAGCGAUAUUCUCUCUUUGAAACAAAGUCUCCCGGCACUUAGAACCAUCAAGUUUGUAUUCUGGUUCGGGAACUGGACUGCCUGGAGCCAUACCUGGGAGGAACAUCUCGAGAAGCUCAGGGCUACUUGGCCGGAGCCGUUGCUGAAGAUCGAGAUGAAUCUGUUUGAGUUUGUAGACGACCAGGUUGCGGACGGCGGGUUCAACUGGGUCGAGGCAUGGUAUUACUGGGCGAUAGAAAGAAAGAGGAUCUGGUUUCAGGCAAACAACUUCAAGUGGAGGGAUCAUGCCAAAGGAGAUUUUCGAGGUCGUAGGAUUAAUGUCCGUGUGUGGAAGGAUGAAGAGUUUCUGGAUUGGGAUGAGGAAGAAGCGGAUAGGGCUCUUCAUAAGAAGCGCUGCGAGGUUAAGCCUUUGUUUGUUAGGACAUGCGACAUGGAAGGACGAGUGUAA